CCUAUACCCAAGGCCGUUGCUGUCAAAUCAGAAAUCAUCCCUUAAAAUCUGCGUUGGUGUUGUGAUAUGUUUUCUUAUGCAAAAGGGUCCAAAUUUAAACAAAAAAACAUACUAAAAAGCAUCGUGUUAAUUUAAUUCAGAUUACAAACGAUUAAUUCAAUCAAAGAUAAUUCAGUAGAAAUGGCUUCAGAUUCUAAAAAUCAAAUUAUACAAAGGUCCAGUUCGGAUGCCAAAAAACUGUCGAUCAACCUUUUUUCAAAACAGAAUGAGUGCUCAUAUGUGUCUUGUUAUUGUGAAGAAAAUGUGUACAAGUUGGCCCAGGACGUGACAAACAAACACCCAAAUGAAAUAAACAAGUGUUUUGUGGUCUUCAUAUCAAACCCAAGCAGAACAGUCCCUUUAUGGAGACAAAGGGCUGGUAAAGAUGAGGAUAAGUUAGUAAUUUGGGACUACCACGUGAUAUUCUUGUAUCACCCUGAGCCAGACAAAUGUUUAGUGUACGAUUUGGAUUCUGAGCUACCAUUUCCAACUUAUGUACAUAAAUACGUCACAGAGACAUUCCGCACUGAUCACAUUCUGAAGCCAGAUUAUUUUAGAUACUUUAGGGUAAUACCAGCUAACGAAUUUCUGAAAGAAUUUGCCUCGGACAGAAGACAUAUGAAGAGACCUGAUGGUACCUGGAUUAAACCUCCACCAACUUACGCUGCUAUUCGCACUUCUACCUGUGCACAUAACCUAGAAGACUACAUUCAAAUGGACACCUCAAAAGGCCCAGGACAAGUAUUGACGCUGACUCAGUUCGUGCAGAGGUUCUACAAGCCUUCAACAUAGUCGUACUAAACAAAAUGGUGGUGAGGUUGAACUAAGUCAAUUUUCGAUUGUGCUCUUACACACAACGGAUUGUAGAGCGAUGAAACAUAAAAACAUACAAUAAUGUGUUUUAUAAUUAAUUAUUAUAUUAGGAAAGAUGCAUCCAGUCAUAAAUGAAAAAUCAGUAUUUAUUGCUACUUUUUUGUUUUUCGUAUAUGUGGUUAGAAAUUCCACGUACCUAUAUAAGCAGAAUUUAAGCUUACUUUUCUGGUUGACAUAAAAAGUUCAUAGCCCUUUUGCCCGUCAAGUUUCGCUGGUUGUCAGAGUGGUCCGUAGGAUCUUAGCUCUUAUGUGAUAGUAUCGGUUCGUAAGUCUGCCUGGUCUGGUAACCCAGAAAUAAGACAAUGUUAAGGAAUUGAGAGAUUAUAGUGAAAUUUCGAAAGCUAAAUUGAGUUUUGAUAUUUUAAUGUAACCAGUGACUUUGGUUGUACCCAAAAUUGUCUCGACUUUGUAUUUUAAUUUUGAUAUUAUAUAUACUUUAUAUAUUUUGAUUCAUGAGGUCUUGGAGCGCUGGUAUCACAAGUCUAUUUGAAGAAAAAUGCAACUGACAGACUGUCAAAAGUGAAUUUGUAAAGGGUCAAAAUAAUCUAUUUUUCACGAUACUUCAUCAUCUUUUGACGUCUACUGAAACUGAACAGAUGAUCAGCAAAUGACAUAUUGUUGGCAAUAAUGCAAUUUCUGAAACUCGGGACCUCUAUAAGUAAUGGAUCCUUGGGUAUUUUAACACUCUUUUUCUAUAUUGCAACUUUUCAUUUGGGUCGAAAUUGUUCAAGUUUGUCCCAAUCCGAAAAUAAAACGCCUAUUUUAGUGAUUUUCGAUAGGGUAUCAAGGCAUUUGGGGCAAAAGUCUUUAUGAGUUGUGAAAUGGGUAUAUCAAUGAGAAAAAACGUUUAUCCUGACAUUUUAGAAAACCACACUGUCUGUCAAUCUCAUUUUCCUACAUAAUGGGGAGUUUUUGCUCAAAAAGUUUGUUAACAAAAUCGUAGUUACUGCAAUACGGAGUCGGUGCAGUAGCGACCUGACAACUUUUUAAACUAUAACACCGUGUGCAUUACCGAUUAGCGCUAAAGCUAUAUUAUGUAACACUCAUGGGUAUUUUUUAGAGCAUGUAGAAGUUCUUGAGUGUUUUGAGGUUUUGGGUUCUGUUUGUUCUUAUUGUAUGUUUGGGUGGUUUUGGAUUUGUGGUUUGAAUAAUGGAGGAAUUGAUUGAAUUGGAAAAUGCGUUCCUGACAACCACAAGGAUAACGAAAGUGACAUUCACAGUUGAUGACCAAAAAGUAUUUUCGUUCCAAGCUGCCAUUGCAUUUAGAGGUUGCUAAAUAAAAAAGUUAUGAACGUGGUCCACCGUGUCCCAAAAAUUUGGUUCCAUUUCGACUGUGCGCAUCUUUUCUUAUCAUCCAAUCCAAGAUUUUAUGUAACUAUCGAAAUAUGUUAAACAUUUGAAGCUACCUAGAAUCUCUCUUGAUAGGCACACUUUUUCUAUUCGUCACUCUUUCGCGUACUUGUAUACAUGUUUAAUUAAUCGAAUUUUCUAGCAUAGGAAAUUUUUAACUUUGGAUGUGUUUCAGAAACACAUUGAUGUGAUUUUUGUUAAGCGUUUGCAAAACGGCGAUGUCAAUGUUAAUAAUAUGAAAGUUAUUUUUAGACAGUUUUUGUGUUACGAAAGAAUUUUGACACAAGUCACUAAAAAAACGUUUCAUCGUCAUUCCAUAAUAAAGAUGAAAUAUUUUUUGAAAAGUAAUCAAAACACUAUUGUUUUUGGCAUCGCCAUCUAUUUGAAUUUAAUAACCCAAAGUGGGGAUCAACACUAGUCUGACAGUUUUAGUUGCGUAUUUUAGUUAAAAACGUUGUUACAGGUUUUAAUUUAAAAGUAAUUCAUUCAAUAUCGAUAUGUACGCAUAUCAAUAAUAUAUGAAAAUGAUUCAUGGAUAUUAAUCGAAUGUUUAAAUUAAAACUUGAAUUUCAACGCUAGAUUUCGAGUACAAGUUUUAACUUGAAUUGUGAUAUUUUCAUUAGUACAGAAUUUUUAUUGGUAAUGUAUUUCAGAAUGUUUACAUUUCAGGCACUCUUUUACUUUUACUCUUCUAAUAUUUAUAUCGAUUAUAGCCCAGGUAAUAUCUUCGCAUUUGUUCGGAAAAAUAUUAUUUUUCAGAUUUUUUGCAUGAUCCUACUUUAAAAGGACCCUUCUUAACGAAUCUGCAUGUUGCCAGACCCAAAAUUUCGCCAAAAAUUCUUUGAAGAUUAUUUUUAAACGAAUUCCAAAAAUUAUUUUUUUUCUCUCCGGUCAAAGGUUCUUAAGGGUUUUUAUGCCAUUUUGGACAAAAAACGUUGUUUAUCUAAAGUUGUUAGUAUUCGAGAUAUAAACGAUUUAAUAUUCAGAAAAGUGCAAAAUAUGUAGCUGGCGGCCGUCCCUAUGCUGCACCUCUCUCGUGCUCACGCAUUGAGCGCUCGCUUGACUAAAACAAAAGUUUAAAAUAAAAAUGCUUUAGAAAUUUUCCAAUGGAUGUUUGAAGAACAUUUAGGAGCAUUGGCAAAAUAAAAUUUUUCGUUUUUCCCAAUAUUAAAUUGCUUAUAUUUCGAAAACUAUCAACUUCAAUUUAUAAAGCAUCGUUUUAUUUUGACGCAUUUUUGGGCAUGAUUCGUUAAAAGGGAUCCUUUUCGAAUAAGAUCAUGCAAAAAAUGCCGUCGAGUGGGUUGACUCUGCACUUUCUACGCAAUGCCCUUAUCAGUACUUGAAGGAAAAUGUUCAGCAUAAACUAGACCCUCUGAGAAAAAAGUCAGUCAAACAGGUCGAUACAAUUAGUCCAUAUACAUGCAUUCGAUGCCCUGCGUUAGUGCAUCUGGAAACCUGGCCUCUCCCCGAUACCUAACUCGGUCAGACGUUCAGAGCAUAGAAUACACUAUGCUUUUGCGCGACAGAAAUACGUGUGAUUCCUUACCAGAACACUCCACAUGGUAGGCGCACGACACGACGCUAGCAACAACCGCGGCCGAUGCGUGAAAUAUAUCUAAUAGCUGUGUAGAAUUACCAAUGUUGGGAGCGUAUAAAUGUAUCAGCAUCAAAAAAUUGAGAUAAACUCUCCCCACUCCCUUACAACCCCUACCCCCCACCUCUGUGGCGGUUGCGACAGUGCCCCAAAUUAUGUGCAUUAAGUGGCCAAGAAGAGAACCAAAAAAAAAGAAGGAGGGUGAACCACGAGGCACUAAAAUGAUGCUUGAUCGCUGGUGCGUUCGUCGGCAGGGGCCCCUGGCCUCUUUUGGAGCUUCUCAACAGUGUUCUUCUUGCUGUUAGAGUGCAGCUCUUUAUCUUUCUGCCAAAAAACUGUAAGCACGACCAAAUUUAGUGCCAACAAAAACAUCGGCGGAACAAACAAUGAAAAUUAAAGUAAAAUUGGCAUUGCGGUCGCAAAAACCUCUAAAACGAGGUUUGAGCGAUUUUUACUUUUUUCCUUAUAAGACUUUUUCUCUGCUGCCACUGGACCGAUUUUAAAAAGCUUUUGCUUCCUUGUCAUAGUAGUAACAUUGUGUAAAAAUUUUAUCGAAAUCCGAGCGGACAGACCGACGGAAAUGACUGACAUGGUUUUUCGUGAUGUAAAUAUCCUAUAACAUCUAAGAGACGUAAUAUCUCAUUUCCAAAAAUUUUCGCGAUUACAAUACUUCCCCGCCAGCGGGCAUGAGGAGUAAAAUCUGAUGCAGAAUAUUUUUUCAAGCAGAUGUGAACGUAUCACUUGGACUGUUACCUAAUCAGAACACAUUUGGUUCUAGUUAUAUAUAUAAAGCUGGCCACAGAUCGAGCAAAUUGACUUGAUCCACGAAGUAUCUGAUUUGGAAAAGGUUUGAUUAGUUGGACAUCUAAGGCACAACAUAGUCGACUCUUGCGGGCUGAGUUUACAUCUCACAGUAGGAUCUAACAGUUAUCAGAGGUUAUCAGAAGUUUGUUAAUAUUCUUAGUAAUUUAUAAAAAUAUGCUAAUUUUUUAUUCUUUAUUAUUAAGGACUAUUUUUUUCUCAUAUAGUUUGCUUACAGUCUUGAUGAUACAAAUGACAAUUUUUGUUUGCUGUGGUACUACAGCAUUAAAAUACCUUCAUAUUAUUUUAUGACCGAAAAAGAGACGACAAAAGUAUGGAAACAUAUUUUUCAUUACAAAAUUAAAUACAAUAACUCUUCAAAAAGAUUUAAAAAAUACUGUUUAGUUAAUAUCUGAUAGCAUAGCCUUUAGCAUUUUAACACUGCCUGACAUCUGCUGCUCAUAGAAGACAGCAAUUUUUUACAGACAUCUGUUGGGAUAUUUUGCUAAAUAUUUUUUACAUAAUGAAAUUAAUCGUUCCUAUUUUUAAAAGUUGUUCUUGUCAGUUCUCGUUUAACAUGCUCCCAGAGAUGUUGGGUUUAGGUCCGGGGAUUGCGAAGGCCAUGUAAGAACAUUAAUAUUUUUUGGUCUUAACCAGUCCUUUACGAAUUUUGAGGUAUGCUUGGGGUCAUUAUCUUGCAUACGAGAAUUUGAAUAUUGAUAAGAUAAACCUUGUAUUAGUACUGGAGCCAAAGGUAGACUUUAAUAUUUAUAUUAUCUGUUCCUUCACCAUUUUAAUUUAGGUAUAUAAUGUUAAUAUUUGUUGCCAAACUGGCCGCUACGGUAUCUGAUGUGUCCAAGAUUUCCAAAAAUGUUGAUCUGAGAAGAUGGAAAUCCAAUUCAAGAUCAUGGGUUUUUAUCAAGAUUUCGAAAAUUUUGAGAAUUUUGCGUUAUCUAUUUAAAAUGCGUUAUCCGUUUAAAAUCUAGGGGUACUCAGCCCACAAAGCGUCGACCAUAAAUGUGGGCGCAAGUUAGCUACUAAUCUAGCCGGUAAUGUGCCUUCAGAGCGAGGAGGUAUCAAAUCAAGGAACGACUAUGCAUUAGGUCGUUAGACCUACAUAUGAUCACUCGCCUUUGCACCAAUCUGCUAGUGCGCUUUCUGCCGGUCAGGUUUCGUUUAGCUGAAAUCGUCGAACCUUUUCCGGGACAAGUCAUGUUGUUCGGACUGAAGUCAGGUCUUACGCGGUCGUUAAGUGCGUAUAUUCUACAGAUAAAUCUUGUUUGCCCAGUUAUUCGAAUAUAAAGAUUUAAAAGAACGUACGUUUGUUGAAAACUAAUUUAAGUAUUUUAUUGUUAUAAUAGGGAUUUCUGAUCGUGCAUAUACAUAUUUUGAAACGUUAAAUGUGACAUAAUAAUAUAUGGAAUAUUUUAUUAAUCGAAUUAUUAAUAUAUUGGACUCCAUAUCCAAGCCAUGCGUAAUUUUUUGAAAUAUCUAAAUAGAUGUAAGGCAUGCGUAAACAUACAGUUGAGUAAUCAACAUUUUUCAGGAUUUUUUCAGUCACUUUUCCUGCAAUGGAACAUAUAAAACAAAAUGUAAAAAACUGGCUUUUUGGAAGUGAAAUCAUAAUAAACAGACAGUUAGGUACCAGGUGUUUUAAAUUCGACUCUCACCGUUUACGAUGUCGGUUAAAUAGAAACAACGUCGUGCUUUAAGGUAAUUAAGAAAAUGGCAUUUAGAAAGUUUCACAAAUCAAAGUAUUUCCGGAGAGUGACGAAGAAACGAAUUUUAUUUGAGGGCGGAUUUCAAAAAAAAUUGCACAUUAAGGAUGCCACUUUUUUUCCUUUGCAAGGUGGCAUAAUUACAAUUUCAAUAUUAGGUUUCUCCUCAUGACCCCCAUAAUAGACCUUAUUUUUUUGUGUUCGCUAUAUGGGAUUUAUCAGUGGAUAGUUUUUGAUGAUUCCAAAAUCAUAUAUUAAUACAGUAUACAAGUAUAAUUAAUUUAAAAAUAAAGAAAUUAUCCACUAAUCCAUAAUAAAGUCUUUAUUCAAAAAUAACCUGGAGAGAUACACAUAUACCUGACUAUGAAAAAUAAUUGCACAUUCUGCGCGUAUAGUAACUGCAGGACGGUUUAUGCUAUAGGUAGCAGCAUGCUUUUAGUAUAUUUACAAAAAGUUGUCAGAGGUAUGGAUUUUAAACUAUUUAUUUUCCAACUGACUACAAAAAACUGCAGCAUUCUAAGGUAGAAUUAUGUGGGAUGGUUAUAAUGCUGUCGUAAACUUAGUUAAAUUGUAAUUUAACUCUUAGGUAUUCAGGUUUUGAUGACAAGAGUAUUUUGUGAAGUACUUUUAAUUUUUCACUUAUGUGGCCAUAUUUUCGCAGGCCAAAAAUAAAACGGACAGUUAUUUUGGAUGAUUUGAACUCAUUUUUUUGGUCAACUGAUCCAAACACGGAUAAUAAACAACUAGGUGUUAACAUCACCAAAGUUCACAUAUUUUUUUCAUUAGCUUAAAGUUAAGCAAGUAAAGAGUAAAUAGCUCUAGAACAAAAGUACGGAAUCUUAGUUGUUUGAGUGUGUUGUGAAGUUAUGCCAUCAACAGUUAAAUGAAACGAGUCUUCAACGCUUUUCACUUCUGAUAUAAACGCGAACUACACAAUAUUUACAUGCAGAACCAGUUUCCACAUUUAACAACAUUUCAGUGUUAAGCUUUUUUACAUUCAAAUGAGAUUUUGUAUACACGCCAACACCACCGCCACUUGAGGCUCGAUCUUAACGUAAAAAAUUUAACUAACUGUUAAAAUAUCAAAAUUCUCAGUUUUUAGAAUAAUUGUGAAAGUAUCAAAACCUGACAAAAGAGAUUUCUCGUUUAAAUGUCCUAAUCCUAACUCUUUAAUCUCCAUAAUAAACCCUAUUUCUAAAAUUAUGAUAAUGAGAGGCAUAUACUGGACUUGACUUACUUCUUGGUUUAUGGAUCACAUCAUAUCUUAUAUAAAACUAUUGUGGUUAAUGCAGUUUUACAUUUUUCAAGUUUGUUUCCUAAGAUCAUCAGCCAAGCAUUACUUCAGUUUUUAUGAUUUUAUGAACUAACAACCCCUAUUUGCGAUGUUAAUGACGGGGAUUAAUAUAAAACUUCAACUGUCUAUAAAACUAAUCUUCCUAUAGUUGAUCUUAAUUCGUCGAAUAAAGAACAAGAUCAAGCUUUUUCUCUAUUUAAGGAUUGACGAGCUGCAAGUUACUAAACACCUUUUAUAACCGUCAUACCUAAACCAAGGCAUACAUCUUGCAUUUAUAUAACAAUCAAUAGCUGAGGUGUUAUGUAGAGAGGUUCCGUCGUGCUAAAAUAACACUCGUUAUAGUCGAUAAAUGGGCAGAUUAACUUAAUGUUCUUCGAACGCGCUUUUCAAAAACUGAAGCAAUCCAUAAUUGGUGAUGUAAUCGAAUAAACACGUGAUGGAGUCAGCAUUGAAAAAUGUUCACGUGUGUAAGCAUCCACCAUGCGGACACGCCCACGAUUGUCAUCUGUUUUUCAUCCAAAGUUUCCGCAAAACUAUUUGUCUAAGUGAAAAAUAAAGUUGAUUGAGAGAGACAAAACUUCAUAUUGACAUGCUACUUGUAGAAGGAAAAAGUGGGAUUGUUAAUGUGACCUUUUUUAAAUCCCACCUUAAAUAAAGUCCGAAAAAAUAAAUCUGCUGCAUCGGUCUUGUUUGAGCCCAACCAAAGCUCAUUAUGGGCGUUGAAAUCACCGAGGAGAACUGAUGAACCUGAUGAUGCAACAAUCUGGUAUAGUUUAAUGUGUCCAAGGCAAAAUAUUGUACAUUUACAAGAGGGCCCAGUUCUACCAAGGAGCCGUUUGUGCUGUCAGAAAAGAACCAGUGAUAUUUUCGUAACUACCACCCUUAAUUCAACAGAAAACAAGAAAAAAUAAACUGCACAUUUUUCAGUGUAGAUUAGUGCAAUCUAUCAGCAGGCUUGAAAACUCUAGAUAUCCAAGACGCAGACAAAGUCAUGAAGGAGGCAAGUCAGCCAAGACCCAACCUAGGUUGUAGUACUACUCUCACGCACACAGAGAGAGAUAGAUGAUUCGUGUAUCGCCGCAGCUGCUGAAAGGAAGUUGGGAUAUCUGUUCAGGGCUUGGAGGAACUUUUCUCCAUAGUUUGUACAAGAUAAGAAAUACCCAGAAGUGUACUGUACUGAAGUUGCUGAUUGAUGACAUUUCCCUAUCAGACUGCCUCAAGCCGACGAGCGGUCUGGGAUUUAUCUUUGCUUGUACCGAUAUGCAAAAAAACUUUGCUCCUCUGAGCAUUCUGCUUAUUCUGCAUAUUUUCGUUAGUGUGCACGAUCUAUCCACGAACUUUGUAUUAUGGUAUGUGGUAAUUCGCCUGAUCUUUAGAAUCAAUCUGCUGAUCUGAUCUGUUGAUAAUGGUACUCUCUUCUAUUGGCAUUGAUGUCAAAUAUUAGUUUGUUAUUUGAAAUGAUGAUAGUCUCUCUCUCAACGAGGUAUAAGAUCACAAAAGCUUUCUAAAUGCACUAUAAUGAAUUUGAAAAAUAGAAAAGCCAUGUUUUCCUAUAUUUUGUGCAAUAUUUUUGGCUUCACAUGCAAAAUGUACAAAUAUAUUAUGUAAUUAUAGGCCUGUGUAAUUGUAACUCAGUUUUGCUAUAGUCUUCUCCAUGUGUGGUACAUAUACGUUUGUGUCUAUUUGUCGCUAUUAAAUUUCACCAUAGACUGUUUCUAAACAGGAUUAGUGUGUAUUGAACGUGCAAAAUGUUUUUUUGCCUCUUGGGUAAUGCGAUUGAUCCGCGUAGCACAUGGCAGAGCGCGGCAAUAUUUCGAGAACGGUGCAAGUUGUUUAUAUAUAAGAAAUUUUCUACAGCCGUAGUAAACUACUUUCCGCUUUAUUGUAAAUGCGGCAAAGCUGUCGUUUGCCAUCGGUCUUUGGAAUAUUUGUAUAAUAAUGCUAUCUGUAUUGACUCAUCCACGCUGCAGGACGAAGUUUAGCACUGGCUACUCUACCACUUAACCUUACUGCCUAGGGAAACAAAAAACAACUAUUUAACAUUUGCUUUAAGAAAUUAAGAGGCUUACUCAUAUUAACAAGGUAGGUAAGGCUUGAAGAUAAAAUAAGCUGGAUAACUACAAGUAUAUAGAUGAGCACUAACAGAAAAAAAUAACACAACACGUUCUGCGCAAAAACAGAAGCAAUAAAAUAGUGUAUAGAUAUACACUCUCCCUAACAAGUGUGUUCCUUGGCAUUGACCUGGUUUAGAAGCAGUCUCUAACUCUGUAACUUGCUGCAUAUUUGUCGAAAAAAAUAUGUAAUUGGACAAUCACUUGGAAAAAAAUUAUGGAAGGCUCCCAUUUUUGAAGGUAUUACAUUAGUAAAAAAACAAUGAAAGAAUCUCAUUUAAGGGAAAUCUGCUGUAAAUGUCAAAGCAAAUAUCACUUUAAAAAAGGCGCUCACAUAUUCGAGUAUCAAGAUUAUUGAAAUGGAAUGAACUUUCUUCCAUAUCAUUAAGGAUUUUAAGAAUGCAAUUCUUGACUCUUCAUUGUAAUUUGAAUGGCUUUCAGAAAUUGAAGCUUCUCAACUAAUAUUUCCCUGCAAUGAAAUAUAUGUGGUCCAUAUUAUGAUAACUAAGUACAUUUGAUACUUUAUAUAUUUCAACUGACCAAGACUGCACUUUUGCCUUCCAUUUUGACUUAUAUACACGACAUUUCUAUAAUUGAUUUUAACAUGCAUGUUUCAUCCUACACUGCAUCUACCAUUGCAAAAUUUGUACCGGGUUGUGAUGUACCGGAUGUCCCAGAAUAAGAUGUUAAUCUCUCGUACACAUAUAAAACAUAAUGACACAAGUUCCUAUAAAAAAUGUCCUGUGGCCCUCCCGUAUUGAGAAAUCAAGCCCCUAAAGACGCUUAUAGAAAUCGAUUUGAUGUGAUGUAAAAUCUGCUUCAGAGAUGGCAUUAUUGGAGGUCUAAGCCGUAAGUUGUAUACUAUAGCUAGAAGAAAACGGCAGUGCAUAGGUGCAUAGUGAGGAUUUGUGUGGUAACAAUAAAUAUGUGUUGAUGAUAAUUCCAUUGGUUUCUUGUCUCAAAUACACUUACUUGAGAUCCACAGCUAGAAAUUAGUUGCGCAUCCACUUUUUCUUAUUCACUCUGGAAAUUACAUAUUCAAAUUUGCAGAAUUUCAAAAAUUUGAGAAAAUAUGCUACAGACAGGAAUAUUUAUGAAAGUGAAAAGGUUAUUUCAUUAUUUUUUAUUCCCAGUCAUGUAAAUUUUAUAGAAAUGUAUCUUGCUUUGUCAAUAGAAAAUACAAAUCAGCCUGGAUGUGAGGCACUGCGAAAAUGUUUGAAGUGUGAUGCGUCAUUCCUAAUUUUUCUGUGAUAUGGCUUAAUUGCACACAACGCGGGCGCGGUGGCGACUUGUAGUGCUCCUCAAAGUUUUUGAAAACACAAAUAACGGGAAAAAUCGUAAUUUAUAACUUUGAACAUAACCUGUUUUCAGAAAGGAGAACAUAUAAAUAACCCGUCAGGCACAGCUAAUUGAUAUACUGCAUUGGCAGCAUAUGCCAUCUUCGUAUUCAACCAACUUUCUUUCUUUCACAUCUUUGCUCUCUCCAACCAAGAAUGCGUGUAGUUGAGUCAAAGAUAUUUUGUUUUUUUUUACGUUUUAUAGCUUUUUUAUAUAAUAGCCGUCUUGCUGCGGUGCGUUUGUAAAUCACUUGAUAAUGAAAUACCGUUCUUAGUAAUGGAAUGUAGAUUGACGGAUGAAAUUUCACUUUGGAAUACGGUGGAAUUUUAUUUUUAGAAAACUUAAAUUGUUACAGUUAUGUAAUGACACUUGAUGACAGCCGACUUAUUUCUAACCACGUUUUUGCGAUCAUUGUAAUUAUUAUGAGACUCUAGGGAUAUGAGGUAGCAUUUAUCCUGAAAAAUAUACAUUCUGCCAAUUUCAAACUGUUUUUGAUAACCAAAUAAAAUGAACAAACAAUAAUCAAAUUCAAGGGAAUAACCAAAUGAAAAUGGUAUUUACCAUUUUGGAUUGGUAUUUACCGAUCCGUUCAAGCGAGUAUGGUUAUAAGAUCCGUGACGUCAUGAAUCAGUUGUUAUAUGUCAUAGUUAUCACCGCAAAAUUGUGGUAUUUACCUAACUCAGGAAUAGUUUUAUAUUUCUGGUUAUUAUUUGAAAUGUCAAGUUAGAAUUUUGGUAUUGGAUAUUGUUAUUACACUUCAGCUUCAUUUUUGGGAAACUUGAUACAGGCUGACUUCAGUUGUAGCAUAAAGUAGAUCACCUCAUUAGUUACACUCAUUACUGUUGUGGGGGACACUUUAAAUCUAGUU